GAGAUCUCGUUUACCAGAGCAGAAGUAAGUACAGUGUCGGCCAUAGAGGUUUUGUUUUGUGGCAAAUACUUGCUCCUCCAUGAAUCAACAAUAUAAAAACCGAAACUUGUUCCAAGAUAAUAAAAUUCGCGGAAAAACUGAAGUACCAUUCUAUAACCGUUAUAGCUCAUGAUCGAGUUGUGAUGCAAUUAUACACUCAUUUCCAAGGAUCAGAUGCAAAAGACAAGUAUUCUUCUAAGAGGAUUCGAACUUUCGAGAAGGCAAAAUCAUGAUUUUACAAUUACUGUCUCUGAUCAUAUCUGCUUCAGAAGCUUCAAAUACCGGAGAAGAACAACGUAAAUACACCACCUUCAAAGAUCUCACUAAGACGCGCGAAUUCAUCGACAAAUCCAUGCUGAUCAAAUUCAUUCUGGAUAACCACUGGCAUAUCUACAUUGACGCUCCUCCUGGCUUUGGCAAGACCACAAACCUACAAAUGCUCCGAGAUUUCUUUGCCUUGGAUGUCAAUUCUCAAGGAUACUCUAUUAACGCGGCAGAGAUCCUAAAAACUGACGAAACCUUUCAGAAUAUCGGUAAAAGGCGUAAAGGUCUACGGAAUACCUUAGCAAAACGCGUAUCUUUCGUGAGUGACACCCAAAGCCAAUCCGAUUCCGGCUCCGAGAACGUUACGAAAACUUUCAGCGUCUCCACAAAAUCAUUAAAAAACUAUGAUACUUUCUCGAAGCCGCCACUGAGAAUAUUGCAGGAAUCGCCGGAGUUAUUUGAGACCCAGUUUGCUCGAUAUCCUGUCCUCUUCAUCGACUUUGAAAAUUUGUCGACGAAGUCCUACCAAGAUUACAUACGUACUUUCAAAGUAAUGAUCUCGAAGCUCUUCGAUCAAUUUAAGUACUUGUUAAAAAGUAACAGACUAUCGAGAAGCAAUAAGGAUGAAUAUUUACUCUUCCGUGACCAGGUUACAGGACUGAGCAUGAACGAGGUAACGCUCGGAGGAGUAAAACUUGCCGGACUUUUAUCGGCACAUCAUCACCGAAAAGCGAUAGUUUUAAUUGACAACUUUGACGUACCGAUACGUGAAGCUCUCUUGGCGCCACAUCUCGACAUGGAAAGCUACAGGGAGAUUGCAUGGAGUGUUUCCCGGAUGGUGAAGGGGCUGACAGAAAGCAGGUUUGUUCAUCGGACCAUAGUAACUGGCAGUCUCCGAAUUGAAAUUGCAGAUGGACUGAUCCAUUUCCACAUCUUCGAUGCCGAAUCUCUGCAUAGGUAUUACGGCCUCACAGAUUAUGAUGUUUUAGAACUUGCCAAACGGUCUAACGGACAGAAGAAUAUUGCACACGUCAGAAAUUGGUACGGUGGCUACAAAACAGCGAGCAAGGGUCAUGAUAUCUACAACACACGCUCAACAAUCAGCUACUUCAAGACGGGUGUGCUCAAACCUUACAGAUUUGAGUCCAUCAAAUUUAAAACCUUAAAAACUCUCCUGGCUUUCAGAAAAUUAGGUCGCGACUUGGAAGAAGCAUUCGAUGAUAAAACGCGACUCUGUAUCCGGGAGAAAAUUUCGUGGCGACGUUUCAGGCGACUGCGACGAACGAUAUUCUCCUCCAAUCAAACCGUCCUCCAUAGGAGUCUGUUCCUGCAAAUUCUCCUCGACCAUGGCUUUUAUACCAUUCAAGAUGGAAAUAAACUCCACGUGCCGAACUUCGAAGCAAUGCUGGACAUCAAAAACUUAAUCUUCGACCGAGGAUACUACAUCGACAAACUAAACAUCCCUGACCAGACUAUUGAUUCUUUUGUGCAGAGCAUCGAUCGCCUGAGUGGAGAGGACACGUCUUUUCACAACUUUUUCGGAGCGGUCACAGAACUCUUCAAGAACCGCAUACCACGAGGUGCACGAGAACUGGCGCACACCUUGGUCACUUUAGUGGCGGACGCUCGCAAGUUUAGCUUGUUACGUGGUCAGGACACUCCGGAAAGUGGCCGGCAGGAUGUCCUCGUGAAGCGAUCCACGGAAAUUGGAAUCGUCAUCGGAAUCCUGGUUGGGUCGAUUAAUGAAGAGACGCUAAAACCUGUUUACCACAAGAGUUUACAAGUGUUUCCCGACUGUAAAUUCAGGGUUGCGAUUUUGCUAGGUUUAAAACCGCAAGGAGCGGCCGGAGAUCUUGACAUUUUGUACGCGUUUGACAAUCGUACUGUUGUGGACAGCAGUACGUACCGAUAUGAAUCACGUGUGACAACGGAUGCCGCUACGAUUACACAGGGUUAUUCAAAAGUCACGCACCACUUACCAUGAGGGGGAUGGCCAUUUGAAAUUUUUGAGUUGCUCCCCACCCCCUUCCCCCGGAGGGGAUCAAAAGUACCUAAAACAUUUUCUAUCUCAAUACGAGGAAAAACGUCACAGACCGCAAAUCGAUAUCUUAAUUAGAACUAAAGUUAUGGCAAGUAGUGCGUGACUUUUGAAUAACCCUGUAGGAAAAACGGGUGGUCGACCAUGACGUCGUCCUGUCACUUCUCCAUUCAACAAUUGAUGUUAGGCAAAAAUCGGUCGUCGAACUUGAGAGGUAUCACUACCAUCAACCGCACCGUUGAGAAAAAGAGAGAAGGCUAUUCGGAGGCAAAUUAAUGAUUAAGCCGCGGCAAAAAUGGGGAGAAAUUUUAAUCGGCGAUGGCAUCACAUCAUUCCUGCAUUCUGUAGGCAAUGUUGAACAAAGGUCAAUCUACCGAGCUUACAAAAUGUUCCUCUUAAUUUAAGUUUUGAACAAAAAAGACAGAACAUAAAUGGACCGCAUUUUGCAAUUAGGAACUAUAAAUUCCGGCUCAGUUUAGAAAGAAUGUAUGAUCCACUGAUGAAUUUAUGCACAUAAGGGUUUUAACGGUUGAGCCAGAAAUUGUAGUUUCCAAUUAUAAAAUGUAGUCCUAAUGAAAAUUAAAAUUUUAGAGGAGAUCAAUCUCUUCAGUCUGAAAAUAUCAGUUCCCUUAACUGCAAAUUUUUGUACUUGUAUUGAAUCGUAUUGAAUUUUGUAAUUUUCACCGAAUAAAAUAGCAAUAUUUGGCACUAAUGUAUUAUACGUGAAAAAUAGAUUAUAAAAUAAACAUUCACAAAGGACACGUUUAUAGCGCAUCAUAAUUACAGUCGGUAUGAGCAUCGUUAGUGAUCAAUAAUAGUAAUAGAAUCAUCAGUGACGAUGAAGCCUGAUAUGCGCCUUCUAUUGAGUGAGUAUGUGUGCAGUCACAACUCUCAAGCCUGUAAUGUUGCUUCACUCAGAAAUGAAGGCGCGUGCGAGGAUGAGCUGUUCCAAAGGCGCGUUCACACAGCCCGUCAGUCUACAGCUUCGCGUCAGACGUAAGAAA